AUGCUGCCGUACCUGUUCCCUGAGCUGUCCACCUUUACUACAGUCGCCGAUCUUAUCACCCACCUUCGCACUAGUGAUGCUCGCCUGCGUGCCGCCCUUCCCACCGAGUUCUGCGCUAAGAACCCCCCUCCACUGUACUGGACACUCCACUUCAUAGUCACCCGUCUCCCUGACACCCUCAGCUCAGUUCGAGACCACUUCCUUGCUCGCUGUCCCACUGAGCUCACAGUCGCCCUCCUAGAGGAGCAGCUGCUAGCGGCCGAAAAGAGCAUUGUCGCUGUCGGUGCUGCUCGUGGCGCUCCUCGCACCCCCAUCUUUGAGGGGUGUUCUCCCUCUCCCCUCGCUCCCUCCUACGCUACUGCUGCUGCUGUUGACUUCCUUGGUGCUGAGUCUGCUGGCGCUGCUUCUGCUCCUGGUGGGAGGCGCCGCACCGGCAAGGGCAAGGGGGGCAAGGGUGGCGGGGGUGGCGCUGGGGGGGGAGGAGGUGGGGGAGGUGGGGGGGGAGGCGGUGCUGGAGGGAGCGGUGGCGGGAGUGCUGGUGGGAGUGGGGUCGGCAGCGGAGGCGGGGGCGGCGGAGGGAGCGGUGGCGGUGGUGGCGGCGGCGGCGGUGGCGGCGGCGGCGGUGGCGGUCGGAGCGGUGGUAGCGGUGGUAGUGGUGGCGGCGGAGGUCGGAGUGGAGGCACUGGCUCGGCCCAGAGCUCCCAGCAGCAGCAGCGUCCCCAGACGACCCAGCAACUUCGUGAGUGGCUUGCUCAGCGUGGGACGUCGGGGGGCAGUGGCCGCUGUUCCUAUGUCAUUCGCACAGGUGACCGCAAGGGACAGACGUGUGGGAGGUUCCACACCCCGUACCGCUGCUUCUCCCGCCUUGACGACGCUUGGCGUGAGGAGAUGGGCGAGGAUGUUGAGCGCCCCCGCUGGGCUGAACUCAUGAGGGCUGGUGUUGAUAUCUUUGCUCUUGACUAUGAUGCUAUUAUUGCUGCCAUGUAUGCAUUGACUGUUAGUGCCGAGGGAGACUGUUACUUGUGUGUGCCGCCUGACCCAGGUAUAGAGCCCGCUGCCCUGGGUACUAGUGAGUCUGCUCUCUCAGGUACAGCACUCACAGAGACUGCUCUCUCAGUCCUUGCCCAGUCCACCACUGUGCUCCCUUGUCCGGCGGUUCCGUCUGGCUCGUUGUCGGGUUUCCACCUCCCCUCGUUCUCGACGAACCUGGUGAGCAACACUGUCAUUCAGGAUCAGUGGGUUGACACCUUUACCCCUGGAGGACAGCGUGUGGCGAUCUGCACGUGCUCCAGGACCGGCCGCCACCUGGCUACGUUUACCCGUCGGCCGGGGUCGAGUCUCUACACACUGACCACUGCGUCUCCUCAGGUCGCUGCUGUCGGUCAGGUGUCCGCGUCAGGUCUGGUGGCCCACACCUGUGAGUGUCGUUCCCUGUCGCACCAGACUCUUCUCUGGCACCACCGCCUGGGUCACCCCUCCUUGCCACGCCUCCGUGGCAUGCACCGUAGCCGCCUUGUGUCUGGUCUUCCCAGGUCCCUCCCUCCCCUCCCUGCCUCGCCUGCGCCACCUUGCCUUCCUUGCGUCGAGGGGCGGCAGCGCGCCGCUCCUCACUCCUCCUCGUUCCCCCCGACAGAGGCUCCUCUGCAGACCCUCCACCUGGACGUGUGGGGCCCAGCCCGCGUUCGUGGCCAGGGCGGUGAGCGGUACUUUUUGCUGGUUGUCGACGACUACUCGCGUUACACCACGGUCUUCCCCUUGCGCACCAAGGGUGAGGUCCCUGCUGUUCUGAUCCCUUGGAUCCGCACAAUGCGUCUCCAGCUCCGCCGCCGUUUCCGGACGGAUCUCCCUGUCCUGUGUCUGCACUCUGACAGAGGUGGUGAGUUUUCCUCUGAUCUCUUGAGGACCUUCUGUCAGGCGGAGGGCAUCGAGCAGACCUUCACGCUUCCGGACUCCCCACAGCAGAAUGGGGUUGCUGAGCGCCGCAUUGGCCUGGUCAUGGAGGUCGCUCGUACCUCCUUGGUCCACGCGGCGGCUCCCCAUUUUCUGUGGCCGUUUGCUGUCCGGUACGCCGCACAUCAGCUCAACCUCUGGCCCCGUGUCUCCUUGCCGGAGACCUCGCCCACACUGCGUUGGACGGGGGAGGUUGGCGAUGCGUCGCGCUUCCGGGUGUGGGGUGCUCGUGCCCUUGUCCGCGAUACGUCCGCGGACAAGCUCUCCUCCCGCACGCUUCCCUGUGUCUUCCUUGGCUUUGUCCCUGACGCGCCGGGCUGGCAGUUUUACCACCCCACCUCGCGCCGGGUCUUCGCCUCUCAGGACGUCACCUUUGACGAGUCGGUCCCUUUUUACCGUCUCUUCCCCUACCGCACUGCCCCCCUCCCUCCCCCGCCGCUUUUCCUUGCUCCUGGUCCCCCUCCGGUAGACCCCCUCCCCCCUCAGGGUCCUGCUCCUUCAGGUGUCUCUCAGGUAGACCCUCCUCCUGUCGCUGAGCCUGUCGAGGUCACAGGUGACUCAGGUGCUGCUGCAGGUGGUACUGCUGGGAGUGCUGAGCCUGGGGGUGCUGAGCCUGCGGGUGCUGGGCCUGGGAGUGCUGGGACUGCGGGUGCUGGAGCUGAGGGUACUGUGCCUGAGAGUUCGGCGCCUGGGGGUGCUGAGCCUGGGGGUGCUGCGACUGGGGGUGCUGAGCCUGCGUGUGCGGAGUCUGGGGGUGCUGAGCCUGCGGGUACUGAGCCUGGGGGUGCUGCUACUGAGCCUACGGAGCCUCGGGUUACUGCGUCUGGGGGUGCUCCGGUUCGGGGUGCUGAGCAGUCUCUCACACCGCAGCAGCUUCGUGACUGGUACGUCCGGCGCUUUCGCCGUCCUAGUGGCUCGGCUGGAGUUGGGGGUGCUGGAGCUGCUCGUCCUGGGGGUGCUCGUACUGGGGGUACUGUUGCUGCCGGGACUGGUUGUUCUGGGAGCGCUACGACUGGAGCUGCUGGAGCUGGGGACUCUGGAGCUGGCGGUGCUAGCGGAGUUGGAGCUGCCGACUCUGGGGGUGCUCUUCCUAGCGGUGCUGCGGACCCUGGGGGUGGCGCUGCUGCUGGUGCUGCGGACCCACCUGGUGGAGCUGCUGCUGGAGCUGAGGACCCGAGCGGUGGCGCUGCUGCUGGUGCUCGGGACCCGGACGUUGGAGCUCCUGCUGGUACUGAGGACCCGGCCGCUGGAGUCUCUUCUGCUUCUAGAGACGCUGCGCGGCCGCGACCGUACUUCGUACCGCUCCUUCAGCAGGUUCUUGGGCAGGCUCCUCCUCCUUGUCCUCCUCCCUCCGUAGAGUGUCCUCCGCCUGUCCAGCCGCAGUCCCAGUUACCGCCUACCUCGCCUCUCCCUGCUCCCUCUCCUUACACUGGUCCCACAGGAGGUCUUACAGAGCGUCGUGAGCCUGAGUCUCGUCCUGCGUCGCCUGUUCGUACUGCUCGCACUGGUCGUCGUGUCCGUCGUGAGCGUCCUCCUCCUGUCCCAGGCACUCACUACAUGACUCUGGGUCCGUCUACUUCUCCUCAGCGUGUCCCUCUACCGUCUCCUCCUGUGUCCUCUUUGCCUGCCGUUCCGGACCCUGAGUCUGACCGGUAUCGUGCUGAGCACCCUACUGUCACGCGUCUCCUAGCUACUGUUGUCACUGACCCUACCUUCGAGUCCUCGGCUGCGUCUGCUCUGGUCGCUGAGUUGGUUGACUUUGCUGCUGCCUGUCGUCUAGACUACGCUGCUAGCCUUGUUGCUGAGUCAGAGUCUGCGUCUGUCUGUCCUCCGUCCGUCGGGGGUGAGUGUGCUCUUGGCACGGACGUCCUUGAGGACAGGCAGGAGGACUUUGACUCUCUCGCGGCUGCUGUACCUCAUCUCGUGGCCUGGUUGCUUGCCCCUGAGGGAGACCCGGAUGCACUAGACAUCCCCACUCCGCGCACUUACGCAGAGGCGAUCUCGGGUCCCUACUCCUCUCAGUGGCAGACAGCCAUGGACGCAGAGAUGGCAUCCUGGAAGUCCACAGGCACCUACGUCGACGAGGUUCCCCCUCCUGAGGCGAACAUCGUCGAUGGCAUGUGGAUUUUCAGGGUGAAGCGGCCGCCAGGUUCUCCGCCUGUCUUCAAGGCUCGUUACGUUGCUAGAGGCUUCAGUCAGCGUCAGGGGGUCGACUUCUUCCAGACCUUCUCCCCCACCCCGAAGAUGACCACUCUUCGGGUUCUGCUGCACGUUGCUGCUCAGCGUGACUACGAGCUUCACUCUCUUGACUUCAGCACAGCGUUCCUGCAGGGCAGCCUGCACGAGGAGAUCUGGCUGCGCCGUCCACCUGGCUUUACUGGGUCGUUUCCUCCUGGUACCCAGUGGAGCCUCCGCCGACCAGUCUACGGUCUCCGCCAGGCGCCACGUGAGUGGCACGACACACUGAGGACUACACUUGCGGCUCUUGGUUUCGCGCCGUCUACUGCUGACCCGUCGCUGUUUCUGCGCACAGACACGUCGCUGCCGCCGUUCUACAUUCUCGUGUACGUCGACGACUUGGUCUUUGCUACUGUUGACACUGAGGCACUCGCUCGUGUGAAGUCGGAGCUACAGAAGAGACACACCUGCACUGACCUGGGUGAACUGCGUAGCUACCUUGGCUUGCAGAUCACCCGGGACAGAGCUCGCCGCACCAUCACCCUGACCCAGUCACACAUGGUGCAGCAGGUCCUUCAGCGCUUCGGCUUCCAGUUCUCCUCACCACAGGCCACACCUCUGGCUACCAGCCACUCGCUCUCAGCUCCACCUUCGGACGAGUCCGUAGAGCCGAGUGGCCCGUACCCAGAGCUUGUAGGCUGCCUCAUGUACCUGAUGACUUGCACGCGACCUGACCUCGCGUACCCUCUUAGCAUCCUUGCUCGUUACGUUGCGCCUGGGAGACACAGGCGAGAGCACUGGGAGGCUGCUAAGAGGGUGCUGCGUUACUUGUGCAGUACAUCAGGCAUGGGGCUGGUGCUUGGAGGACGCGACAGAGUUGUCCUCACUGGUCACUCGGACGCUUCUUGGGUGGACGACCUGGCUACGCAGCGGUCGUCACAGGGUUACACCUUCAGCCUUGGCUCUGGUUCUGUCUCGUGGCGGUCCACCCGCUCUUCUUCUGUUCUCGGCUCUAGUUGUGAGGCUGAGAUUUACGCCACAGCCAUGGCUGCACAGGAGUUACGCUGGCUCACCUACCUGCUGACUGACUUGGGAGAGCGGCCUAGUUCUCCUCCAGUUCUGUACGGUGACAACAAGGCGGCUCUUGCCUUGUGUCAGGAGCACAGACUGGAGCACAGGACGAAGCACAUUGCUCUUCGCUACUUUCUUGCUCGAGAGCUUCAGCAGCGCGGUCAGCUUCGGCUUGUGUACGUGGACUCGAAGGCCAACACUGCUGAUAUCUUCACCAAGGCGCUCCCGCCUAGUGAUCAUCAGCGGCACU